AUUCAUUCCUACUCAGCAAACAAACACUUGACUAUUAGUCGAAUAUUCUCUACAAGGCAACUUCACCAAUAAAUAUUUGUCAUCUCUUGACUUUGAACCUUACCAAAACACUACUGCUCUGCGACAUCGCGUCCUACACAACGCUCUCCUACUACAUCCACAACCACAUCAACACACAACCACCGUCUAUAUCAACUCAUAAACACUUUUCACAAUGGGUGCCGUCGUAUCUUGUUUCGAGGCCAUCUUCCGAACCAUCGGCAGUGUCAUUAUGGCAAUUAUCUCCGGUAUCGGCAAUAUGCUCACCGCAGUGAUCCAGGGAAUCGUAUCAUUUUUUGGUAUUAUCAUUUCUUGUAUAACCUGCGGUCACUCUGGAGGCAACAGGCGUUACAGGCAUCGUGGAAUGAGAGGUUCCGGGAUGCGAGGUUCCAGAAUGCGGAGCACCGUAUAAGGGAUGAUUGGAGCCUCAGAGAGGGAGAAGGAGCAUAAAAACAGAAGGACAGUGCCUUAAAACAUUGUCUUAAAAUCAUGGCGAAAACUCCUGGUGCUCUGCUUCACGAACCGGUUAUGAAUCACGACAUGACACAACACACACUACCCCCAACGAGCAAAGCAGGACGGCUUCUUUGCAGCGUGGAACGACGAAUCACACUUUUCCUUGCUUCUAUGUACGAUUAUUGUUGGACUCUUUGAGAUACCUGGACCUUUUAGUCGCCCUCGAGCGGUACAUCUUUGUUUCUUUUCCUUUGUCUGCUGUAUUACUACAUUAUCAGAUAGUCUGAAUAAUUGACACUAUAACCGAUAUCUUUUCGCUGUUUCUUUCACAAUGUUGCUUACUAUGGACUAAAUCAAAGAGAAAUACUAUCCAGCACCUCAAGUUGACUAUCCAGAACCUCAGCGACUGCGUGAGAUUCUAGUGUUAGAAGACCUUUGUAGUUAUCCG